GUGCCUUCCAACACACCUGUAAGCUGAUUCACCACCCAGUCGGGGCCAGCCCAGGCCAUUAAUCAUUGGCCUAGGCACGGGCGCCGUGGUCUUAGCCCAGUGUCUAGCUCGCCCAGCCCAUUGCCGCCUACUUCUAAGGCUUCAGCAACCAAAUGCACCCUGUUGCAGAUACACAGAUGCUUUCAGAACCGCUGGCAAUCUACUGUCUUUCAUUCUCCCUCUAAAUAUACCCUGCAAUCUCUACAGUCAUGCUAGAGACGAUCGCCUUCCUUCAUUCUGUCUCUAUCACUGCUGCUACUCCCAACGACUCAUUGGCGAGAUGGAAUUUCUCUGCUUCCUUCUCAUCAAAAACACGAGCAGCAGCAGCAGCUGCGUCUUCUUACAGCAGGAAAGAUGUAUGGAGGCGAAGAAAAUCAAAUACCCCAACCCCACCCCAACCACCACCUCUCCGUCCUCAUCGUCGCGAUCACCACCGUCCACGCCAUUCCCGCCAAAAUCAGCAGCCGCAGCAAAUGCCGUACUACUGGGACCACAACAUGGACAUGGAGGAGCUGAUCCGCUCCUUAAGCCAAACGACGACCCCGGACGAGCUCCACGCUCUCAUGUCCCCCUACGCACCUGGCGCAUCCAAGAAUCUCUCCCUCAGAUUCAUGGUCUCCGUCCUCUCCCGCGAGUCUGAUUGGCGCCGCUCCCUUGCUCUCCUGGACUGGAUGCUCGACCGCGCUUCCUACCCUCCCUCCAUCUUCGCCUACAAUGUCGUUCUCCGCAAUGUCCUCCGCGCUCGCCAGUGGGAGCUUGCUAUGGGCCUUGUCGACGAGAUGCGCCGACACCGCUCUCUCGCUCCUGACCGAUUCACAUAUUCCACCCUCAUCGCUCACCUCGGCAAGGCGGGCCUUCUUGAUGCCGCCCUCUCCUGGCUUCAGCAAAUGGAGCAGGACCGCGUCUCCGCCGACCUCAUUCUCUACAGCAACCUCAUUGACCUUGCCCGCAAGCUCCGUGACUACUCCAAGGCCAUCUCCCUCUUCUCCCGCCUCAGGCGUUCUGGCAUCUCUCCCGACCUCAUUGCCUACAAUUCCAUGCUCCAUGUAUUCGGCAGGGCGAAGCUUUUUCGUGAGGCCCGCUGCCUGCUCGACGAAAUGCAGUCAUCUGGUGUGCCACCUGACACUGUCAGCUACUCCACCUUACUGGCUGCUUAUGUCGAUGAUGGCAGGUUCGUUGAGGCAUUGUCCAUAUUUUCUGAGAUGAAUGCCUCCCGCUGCCCUCUUGACCUCACGACCUGCAACAUCAUGAUCGAUGUCUAUGGCCAGUUGGACAUGGCAAAGGAGGCAGACCGCCUGUUCUGGAGCUUGAGGAAGAUGGGGAUUGAGCCAAGUGUUGUCAGCUAUAAUACCAUCUUGAGGGUCUAUGGUGAGGCUGAGCUCUUUGGUGAAGCCAUCCACCUCUUCCGGCUGAUGCAGAGGAAGGGCAUCGAGCAGAAUGUUGUUACUUACAACACCAUGAUAAAGAUCUACGGCAAGUCUCUGGAGCACGAGAAGGCGACCAAUCUUGUGCAGGAGAUGCAGGAGAGAGGGAUUGUGCCCAAUGCGGUCACCUACUCGACGAUCAUCUCGAUAUGGGGGAAGGCGGGGAAAUUGGACAGGGCGGCAACGUUGUUCCAGAAGCUGAGAAGCUCCGGUGUCGAGAUUGAUGAUGUCCUUUACCAGACGAUGAUUGUUACGUAUGAGAGAGCAGGUUUGGUUGCACAUGCCAAGCGGUUGCUCCAUGAGCUCAAACACCCGGACAACAUCCCCAAGGAGACGGCAAUCACGAUUCUUGCAAAUGCUGGUCGGCUUGAAGAGGCCACCUGGCUUUUCCGCCAGGCGUUUGAUGCUGGAGAGGUGAAGGAUAUAUCGGUCUUCAGAUCUAUGAUUGACCUCUUCUCGAGGAAUCGGAAGCACAGGAAUGCUGUUGAGGUGUUUGAGAAGAUGAGAUCAGUUGGGUACCUUCCCAGUUCUAACACCUUCGCUCUUGUGCUGAAUGCUUAUGGGAAGAUGCAAGAAUUUGGCAAGGCUGAGGCUAUUUACGAGGAGAUGCAGGAAGAGGAUUGUAUGCUUUCGGAUCAAGUGCAUUUUCAAAUGCUGAGCCUCUUGGGUGCACAGCGGGAUUUUAAGGCAUUGGAGUCUUUAUUUGAGAGGCUAGACUCUGAUCCGAACGUUAACAAGAAAGACUUGCAUCUUGUUGCUGCUGGCAUUUACCAGAGAGCGAAUCGUUUAGACGAUGCAUCUCGCAUCACCAAUCAGAUAAGCAGAGCAAGGAUCUCAAGUGCAUCCUCUUCAUAGACUGUAAAGACAAGUUAAGCGAUCACUGCAAUGGCAAUGAUGGCUACUAUUCUAAAAUGCAAAGGCAGGCGCGUUGCUCACUCUUGUUUCCCCUAACUCUAUCAUCAGCAACAACAAUACCACCGAGACUUGCAAUUGAUCAGCAUUUGUAUAGAGAGUUUAUCUUCUUCAGCUUCCAGGUAACAAGAUAUUGUGCAUAUCUUGAAUAAUUUAUUGUAUUGAUGAAAUGUAUAUUGUGGGGUGGCUGUGAGGGCCGUAAUGAUUUAAAUAAAAGAAAAUGAAUGAAUUAGGUAGUUUCCUUGAGGAAUAUGAAUGAAUUAGGAGCAAUUGCUGGGACAGGUUUGGGCUGAUUAGGGCUGAGAAUGAGAUUAGGGUUGUUUGGCGGUGUGGAUUUGAGUGUAUUUGAGUGCAUUCGGAAUCCAGAAAUCAUUUGGCAGCAUGGAUUAGGAGGUA